AUGGACGACCUGAAAUUAUAUGGAAGAAAUGAGAAGGAAAUUAACUCACUUGUACAUACUGUCCGGGUGUUCAUCAGUGACAUUGGUAUGGAUUUUGGAAUCGAGAAGUGCGCAACGAUGGUAAUGAAGAGAGGCAAGCUGGAUAAGUCAGAGGGCAUAAGAUUGCCUGAUGGAAGAAUUAUCCGAGGUAUUGGAGAUGAUGUUGAAGGUUAUAAAUAUCUGGGGGUGUUGGAGGCCGAUGACAUUACGCAUGACGAAGUGAAGAGAAGUAUGAAGAAGGAGUACAUUAGGAGAGUGAAGAAAACUUUGUCCUCAAAGCUAAAUGCUGGUAAUGUCAUAAAGGCUAUUAACAGCUGGGCUGUAUCUCUACUUCGGUACAGUGGGGGGAUUGUAAAUUGGACAAAGAGUGAGCUUGCUGAAUUGGAUCGUAAGACCAGGAAACUAUUAACCAUCCAUGGCGCUCUUCACCCCAGGUCCAAUGUAAGCCGCUUGUACCUACCAAGAAGAGAAGGAGGGCGUGGACUAAUUAGUGUUGAGGAUGCCAUUAAUAUUGAAGAAAGAAAUAUCAAUGUCUACGUCUGCCAGAGCCAGGAACGGUUGUUGAAAGCUGCAUGGAAGAGUAAGAAUGUCAAUGAAAUUGAAACUCCAAAGGAAUAUAAGGAAAAGAUGAAAAGGAAAAGAACUGAGGACUGGUCUGGAAAGCAGCUGCAUGGGCAGUUCAAGAGAGAGACAGAUGACCUAUCUGGUGUGUCUUGGGAGUGGAUAACAACUGGUGAACUGAAGAAGGAGACAGAAGGGCUUAUUUUUGCUGCGCAAGAUCAGGCACUAAGAACAAACGCCGUAAAAGCCAGAAUCGAAAACCAAAAUGUAUCAUCCAAAUACAGAAUGUGUGGUAGCCACGAUGAAACUGUGGGGCAUAUUUUGUGUAGUUGCCCCAAGCUUGCGCAGACAGAAUAUAAAAAGAGGCAUGAUGUUGUUGGGCGGGUCAUUCAUUGGGAGGUGUGCAAGGAAUAUGGUGUUGAGUGCAGUGACAAAUGGUAUGAGCAUUCCCCCAAAAGCGUAGAAGAGAAUGAGGAGGUUAAACUGUUGGGGCACUUUACCAUCCAAACAGACCGUGAAAUUCAUCAAAGGAGGCCAGACAUUGUAAUUCAGAAAAAGAAGGCAAAAGAAACAAUCAUUGUGGACAUAGCUGUUUUCGGAGAUAGUAAUAUUCUGCAGAAAGAAACUGAAAAGUGUGAAAAGUACCAAGACCUGGCAAGAGAGAUUCAAAGGCUCUGGAAAUCAAGGACAAAAGUGGUGCCAGUGGUUGUAGGUGCAUUGGGUUCAGUGUCAAAGAAGCUGGCAGGCCACUUGGAGCAACUAGGAAUUAAAAAACGAACAAGAACGAUGCAAAAGUCGGCACUCCUCGGAUCGGCACAUAUCCUCAGAAAGGUGCUGGAAGUCUGA